CGAAGACCACGAGUUUCCUGUCCCGAGAAAAGCCCUCCUUCGACUAAAAAUGACACUGGAUGUACCUACGGCAACGCAAAACACACCCAUGGAGGGAACCGACCAUUCAAAAGACUCAAUUUGCAGCGAAAAGCUUGAUGAACAUGAACUACGCCCGAGGUCCUUUGAAGACGACAUCGAAAAAGAGCAACAAGAUCCCGCCACCACAAACUUCGAGGUCUCUUUCACAGGCGAUACCGACCCUCGGAGUGUAAAGAGCCUACCUCCCUGGCGAAAAUGGCUGAUCGUUUACAUCGUCUCCGGUACAAGUUUACUGGUGGCAAGCACGAGCUCCCUGUACGUCGCGACAUACGCGCAGAUAGAGAAAGAGUUCGACGUUAGCAAUAUCGUAGCAACGCUGGGGCUGACCGUGUUUGUUGCCGGUCUGGGGUUGGGUCCUAUGUUGCUAGCGCCGCUCAGCGAGUUUUAUGGUCGUAAACCGAUCUACGUCGUGUCUUUAGCAUUCUUCGUUAUUUGGAUUAUUCCUUGUGCCGUGGCCCAGAACAUUCAAACGCUGCUCGUAGCUCGGUUCAUUGGCGGACUCUCCGGGGCCGCGUUCUUGAGUGUUGCUGGUAGCACGAUGGGGGAUCUGUUUGCUAGGGACCAGCUACAGAAGCCUAUGUUGGUAUACACGAUAACGCCAUUCCUCGGUCCGGAACUGGGGCCCAUUAUUGGAGGCUUCAUUAACUAUAAUGUUAGCUGGAGAUGGUCGUUCUGGGUUCUCUUGAUAUGGGCUGGUUUUCAAUGGGCGGCGAUCACAUUCCUCGUACCAGAGACGUAUCAUCCGGUUCUGCUGCGGAACGAAGCUCGGAGACUCCGCAAAGAGACGGGCGAUGAGAGAUGGUAUGCGCCCAUCGAGAAGAUGGACCGAUCUAUUCCACACACAAUCAUGAGGUCAUGUUACCGUCCAUUCAUGCUUCUUCUGCUAGAGCCCAUGUGCCUCCUCCUUUGCACUCUCACAGCUUUCCUAUUAGGGGUCAUAUAUCUAUUCUUCGGCGCCUUCACUCUUGUGUUCAAGGAGAACCAUGGGUUCAAUCUUUGGCAAAUCGGCUUGACCUUUAUUGGAAUGAUCGUGGGUAUGCUGUUGGCGUGUUUCGCUGAUCCAUGGUGGCACAAGAACCACCAGAGGCUCAUCGCGAAGCAUGUCGCUGAGACCGGAAACAUCGGUGGUUCUGAACCGGAGUUUCGCCUCCCACCCGCAAUUCUAGGAGGACCGAUGGUGUUUGUUGGGCUUCUCUGGUUUGGAUGGACGACAUACGCAUCGGUUCACUGGAUCGUCCCUAUCAUCGGUAGUUCGCUAAUCAGCGCUGGAGUCUUCAUGGUGUACUCCGGCGUAUUCACAUUCCUUGUCGAAUGUUACCCUCUCUACGCCGCAAGCGCGCUGGCUGCGAACAGCUUCUUGCGCAGUAUGUUCGCGGCUGGCUUUCCGCUCUUCGGACCUGGAAUGUAUCACAAUCUCGGCUUUCAAUGGGCCACGUUCGUGCUGGCUAUGAUUAUGCUUGUGUUGGCGCCUUUCCCGUAUAUCUUCUUUCGGUAUGGCAAGCAAAUAAGAGCGAAAAGCCGAUACUCAGGCGCCAAGUAGAGACCCAUGGUCACAAGAUCUUCAAGCUAUGCGGUGACUAUAUACUUGGUUAAAAGAGAGGAUUGAAGAAGAAGAGUCAAAAAGUACAGAGCAUAUUUGGGCGGCAAGCGCAUAUUUUGCGGACUGGUGUAUUUUUCUCAUGAGAGCAUAUUUGCUCUAUUAUAUCAUACUUGGAAGAGUUUUGGAGCUGGCAGCUUCACAGUGUAUAUUCUAUAAAUUAUCAAUUAUUAAUCGAU